GGGCAGUGCGUCCCGCCGCCAUCUUGGCCCCGGGAAGCGGCGCCGCCGCCGCCGCCGCUAAACAAACCGGAGAGCGGCACCGGGAGGUGGGGGGGAAGGAAGGGUCCUGUCGCCGCUGAGGAGCCUUUCGAUGUGCCAGGCACGGCCGGGCAGCGAGGCUGAGCUCUGUGGGAGCACAAACACAAGGGGAAGAUGCCUGUGGUGUGGCCAACGCUUCUGGAUCUCAGCAGAGAUGAAUGCAAGAGGAUCCUUCGCAAACUGGAACUGGAGGCAUAUGCAGGUGUCAUCAGUGCCUUACGUGCACAGGGAGACCUUACGAAAGAGAAGAAGGAUCUUCUUGGAGAACUCUCUAAAGUGCUUAGUAUUUCAACGGAGCGACAUCGCGCUGAAGUUCGGAGAGCAGUAAAUGAUGAACGACUAACGACUAUUGCACACAAUAUGUCUGGACCAAAUAGCUCUUCCGAAUGGUCUAUAGAAGGUCGUCGACUGGUGCCGCUGAUGCCACGGCUUGUUCCACAAACAGCUUUUACUGUUACCGCUAAUGCUGUUGCCAAUGCAGCUGUUCAGCACAACGCAUCUCUUCCAGUUCCUGCAGAAACUGGAAACAAAGAAGUGGUGGUUUGCUAUUCCUACACAAGUACCACUUCAACCCCAACAUCUACCCCUGUUCCAAGUGGCAGUGUAGCAACAGUGAAGUCCCCCAGACCCGCCAGUCCAGCCUCCAAUGUAGUCGUCUUGCCAAGUGGAAGUACUGUUUACGUCAAAAGUGUCAGCUGCUCAGAUGAUGACGAAAAGCCCCGCAAAAGACGGCGAACGAAUUCAUCUAGUUCUUCCCCUGUUCUCCUGAAAGAAGUCCCAAAGGCAGUGACUCCUGUCACUAAAACUAUCACAGUGCCUGUAAGUGGCAGCCCCAAGAUGAGUAAUAUAAUGCAGAGCAUUGCCAACUCCUUACCACCACACAUGUCGCCUGUGAAAAUAACCUUCACUAAGCCCUCAACACAGACAACAAACACGACAACACAGAAGGUGAUAAUAGUAACCACCUCUCCAAGCUCAACUUUUGUACCCAACAUCCUUUCAAAGUCCCACAAUUAUGCAGCAGUUACGAAACUUGUCCCAACAUCAGUCAUUGCCUCAACUACUCAAAAGCAGCCAGUGGUUAUAACUGCUUCGCAGUCCUCUCUGGUCAGUAGCAGCAGCAGCAGUAGCUGCUCCACACCCUCCUGUACUGCAAACACUAUUGCCGUGACUGCUGUGGUAUCAUCAACACCGUCAGUGGUUAUGUCAACAGUAGCACAAGGUGUGUCUACAUCGGCAAUUAAAGUUGCCUCUACCAGACUACCUUCCCCAAAAGGUUUGGUUGGGAAUCCAACUCAGAUCUUAGCACAGUUUCCCAAACAGCAUCAGCAGUCCCCCAAACAGCAACUGCACCAAAUACAACAGGCCCAGCAGCAGCAGCAGCAACAGCAGCAGCAGCAACAGCAGCAGCAGCAGCAGCAGCUGGUGCAGUCUUCGGUAGCUCAGCAGCAGCCACAGCAAUCUCAGUUGCCACCUGGCAUCAAGCCCACCAUUCAGAUCAAACAGGAAUCAGGUGUUAAAAUAAUCACUCAACAGGUGCAGCCCAGUAAAAUCCUUCCCAAACCAGUUACAGCGACCUUGCCCAGCAGUAGCAAUUCACCCAUUAUGGUGGUUAGCAGUAAUGGGACUAUCAUGACAACUAAACUGGUCACUACUCCCACUGGAACCCAAGCCACAUAUACGCGGCCAACGGUCAGCCCGUCUAUAGGGGCUCGGAUGGCUGGAACUCCAGGGGCUGCUACGUACGUGAAGACUACAAGUGGUAGCAUCAUUACUGUAGUACCGAAAUCACUGGCUACGCUGGGAGGGAAGAUCAUCAGCAGUAAUAUUGUUUCUGGAACUACAACCAAAAUCACUACAAUUCCAAUGACAUCCAAACCCAAUGUGAUUGUCGUGCAAAAGACUACUGGAAAAGGAACUACAAUCCAAGGGCUUCCAGGAAAAAAUGUUGUCACAACGCUGUUGAAUGCGGGGGGGGAGAAAACUAUUCAGGCAGUGCCAGCAGGAGCAAAACCUGCUAUCAUCACUGCCACACGACCCAUCACAAAAAUGAUUGUUACACAGCCAAAAGGAAUAGGGUCUACGGUCCAGCCAGCCACCAAAAUCAUCCCAACUAAAAUUGUUUAUGGUCAGCAAGGGAAAACACAGGUUCUCAUAAAACCAAAGCCAGUGACAUUUCAAGCAACAGUUGUGAGCGAACAGACUAGGCAGUUGGUGACUGAAACGUUACAGCAGGCAUCAAGGGUAGCAGAGACAGGAAACUCUUCUCUGCCAGAAGUGAAAGAAGAACCACAAACCUACACCGAUAGCAGCUCUUCUUCUACAGAGUCCUCCCAGAGCUCCCAAGAUUCUCAGCCUGUAGUCCAUGUGAUUGCUUCAAGAAGUCAAGACUGGUCAGAACAUGAAAUUGCGGUGGACACGAGCCCUACGAUAAUUUACCAGGAUGUAUCCAGUGAAUCUCAGUCCGCUACUUCCACGAUAAAGGCUUUGCUGGAACUUCAGCAGACAACAGUGAAGGAAAAGUUAGAAUCAAAGCCAAGGCAGCCCACCAUUGACUUGAGCCAAAUGGCUGUCCCAAUCCAGAUGACCCAAGAAAAGAGGCAUUCUCCAGAAAGUCCUUCAAUUGCUGUAGUAGAGUCGGAAUUAGUGGCUGAAUACAUCACAACUGUCAGCCAUCGGUCCCAGCCCCACCAGCAGUCAUCUCAGCCCCAGAGGACUCUGCUGCAGCAUGUGGCUCAGUCGCAGACAGCAACGCAGACUUCUGUUGUGGUGAAAUCUAUCCCCGCAUCCUCCACAGGCGCAAUUACCCAUAUCAUGCAGCAGGCCUUAAGCAGUCACACUGCAUUUACCAAACACAGUGAACAACUUGGAACUGAGGAAGGAGAAGUGGAAGAGAUGGACACGUUAGAUCCUCAGACUGGCCUGUUUUACAGAUCGGCCCUGACACAAUCGCAGGCACAAAAACAGCAAAAACUGAGUCAGCCACAGCUGGAACAGACUCAACUGCAAGUGAAAACUCUGCAGUGUUUCCAGACUAAGCAGAAGCAGACAAUCCACCUGCAGGCCGACCAAAUCCAGCACAAACUCCCACAAAUGCCCCAGCUUUCUAUAAGGCAUCAAAAGCUAACCCCCUUGCAGCAAGAGCAAGCACAGACCAAACCAGAUGCACAGCACCCCCCACACCACAUGAUGGCCAAAGAAAGGCAACUCCCUACCUUAGUGGCACAGCCACAGCAAACUGUAGUACAGGUGCUUGCAGUAAAAACCACGCAGCAGCUGCCCAAACUGCAACAGGCACCAACGGCACAAAAAAUCUACGUGCAACCCCAACCCCCCCAGAGUCAAAUGCAGCUACCUGCCUCUUCAGAGAAACAGCCAGCAAGCCAGGUGCAGCAGCCAAUUAUAACGCAAGGAUCCACUGUUAGAAAGAUAACUUUUGCGGGGCAGCAGCCUCCUUCUGUUUCAAAGGGCAGUUCUGUGCCCAAAGUGGCAUUGCCGGUUACCAGCCUAUUUCCCAUGCAGGCAUCCGCGAAGACAGCAGUAGCAGAUAUUUUGAGAGUGUCUAUGGUGGAAGCUCAGAUUGAUACAAACAUAGAACGUACGAUAGCGGAUCCCCCAAACAAGGCCAUGUCCACUAGUAAGCUCGCUAGCGAAGCAGAGUCGUGUACCCAGGUGCCGAGGGUGACUGCAGUAGGGAUGACGGCAACUUCCAUCCCCCAGCAACAGACCUGUACAGAAUCCGGUUCAAGUCCUCCUGCUGUUGGUCCUACUUUAAGAGAGAGGAAACUCGAUGCGCAAGGAAUACCUACAACAAACCAGUUUAUACCCAUUCAGAAUAUAUCACAAAAGAAAGCUGAAGAGAGUUCAUCAGAAAUUGUUAUCCAGACUAUCCCUCACUAUUCCAUCCCUUGUCACUCCAGCUCCAACGUGGUAGUGGAACCCAGCGGGCUCCUGGAGCUCAACAACUUCACCAGUCAGCGCCUCGACGACGAGGAGACGGCGAUGGAGCAAGAUGUGGACAGUAGCACUGAGGACGGCACCGAGCCCAGCCCCUCUCGAAGUUCUGCUGAACAAUCCUAAGGAAUUGGGACACUGGAGUGCACUUUAAAAUAUCUUGGGAUUUUGAGUGUCCAAGAUGCCCUUGUAUUGUGAUGUCUUAGAGCACUUUGCCUAUUAGAGUUGUUCAUUGGACCCUUGAAGCAUCAGUGUGUUUUAACAAGACGGUAUUGCAAAAGCUGCAUCUUAAAAAUCGUUUCCAAAAAAAAAAAAAAAAAAAAAAAAGAGGAUGUAGUUACUGAGAUUUAGUAAACCUGUGACAGUGGAAUGUACUCCUGUUAAAAAGCAAAUCUGCAGCGAAAUUCUACAGCUCGUGCUAUUGAAGCCCUUGCCCAGAUACUGAAACAGCUUUCAGUGAAAAGGGUUCGUUAUUUUGCUGUGUCUUUUUGUUAGCUGUUGAGCAAAACACCAUCAGAAAAAAAAAAAAAAAGAGAAUGUUUAAUAAAUAUUUGUAUUUUUAAAUAGCAUGUGAGAGAAAAAGUGUCUCUGACAGUGCUGGAAAAGCCCCAGGAGUUUUGGAAUUGGUUAGCUUUCUCGCACUUGUGCUCACUUAGAGUUAAGAUUUUUCAUAAGCCUAAAAAUAGAGUUUAUUUUUUUUAAAUUCUUGUUGGUGAAUGUUUGGGAAUAAGCAAAAUCACUAACUGGUAGCAAAGUGGAUUUGCUCGUGGGUUUUCGUUUUCAUGCUUUACAAGGAGCAGGGUAACGGUGUAUGAGGCGUUUCUUUGUGCCGCGAGCGCAUGAAAUGCUCAUCUACUCUAGUUAAUCUUUGAUUAUUUAUUUAAAUAGAAAAUUUAAAGUGAGGCCAAGUUGUUUAAAAAGCUCCUGUGAAACAGGCAGGCGUGUUAAUUCUAAUACAAACGGGGCGGGGGUGGGUGGGGGAUGUAUUUUGCUAUAAUUCAGUUUUUCAAAAUUGGGGAUAAGUGGUUCAGCAUCUUUCAAAGCUGAACCUCUGAAUUUAGACGUGAGCUAAGGCUUUUAAAAAAUCUGUAUUUUACUCUUACAUGCUGUUUUUAAAGUGACCGUUUUGGGAGUUUCAAAGCCUAAAUCGGUAUACAGUGGUAGGUGUCGGAAAUUAGCCUUAUGACUUGGCUUGUUGAAGCAAUACAUUGGGGUUUUGUGAUAGUUACAAGCCACAGAGAGAGGUUUGGGUUCAGAUGGGAUAAGGGAACCGGUUUUAAUACAUUCUGCUAAUGAAGACAAUACUUUUUUUUUUCCAAAUGUAUAUAAAAGACACGUUUUUAACUGUUUUGUAUAGAUUUCAUUAUAAAUAACUAAGCAUUUUAAGACUUUGACAUAUCAUUUAAUUGUAUAUACAUCUAUCAGCCUAACUGCCCACUUUUUGGUGCUGAAGUGCUACUGUAAGUAGAUUUCAUCCAAAGUCUAAUACAGCUUUUUGCGUCAGUCUUUUUUUUUUUUUUUUUUUUUAAAGCUGUGAUUUUACUGUUGAUAUUGUAGUUAAGAAUUAAAUUCCAACUAGAGGAAUUCAGAAACUAAAAAUACAAAACCUAAAACACCA